UGUGGUUCAUCCUACCAAGUUGAAUUAGUUUCAAACCAAUCUUCGAAUGUAAUCUUAACAUGAAACGAAUCUGCUGCAAGUAAACUUCUUCUUGAUUGGCAUCAGCUUCAGGUAUUCAUAUAUACACUCACAAGUAUUAACUAUCUCCGGAACCAAACAGGUUUAUCAUCAGCACUCUUGUACUCAUCAACUUCCGCUAAUUACUUGGUACCUUCUCGAUUUGGGAUAUUGGAUAAGAAUAUAUAAGAUGGUGGCAGCAAAAGCGGAUUCGCAUGAAAUUCUAAUUGAUGAUAAUGAUAUAAGCAAUGAGUAUGCAGUAUCAACAACAACGACGACAAACCCCAAUGAAAUUAUAGUUGUUGAUAUCUGCGAUGAUGAUGCAACGAAAUCGUCAAGGACGGAUUUAAUUGAAAUACAAAUUGAUUACCCAAACGAUUUAAAUGAAAUUGACGAACUUGAUAACCUAUCUAGUUAUGGUACAUGGAAAGGGGAGAUGGAGAAUUACAUGAAAAGCCAAGGUCUGUUGGGGGUUGUGGACGGAAGUGAGCCUAAACCUGGUGAAGGUGCUUAUUUUCGUUCUAAUAAAUAUCUUACUGAUUGGAAAAUUAAAGAUAACAAGUCGCGUGAAGCGAUAGAAAUGAAACUUGGAGAGGACUUCCGAAAAGAAUAUGACUUGGUGAAACACAACUCCGCCAAAGAAGCUUGGGAAAAGUUAUCUGUAACUGUUUCUUAUAACAACCUUCCAGAAUCAGAAAGGAGAGAUGAGCUUCAAACUGAUACACGUAAUUACGAUAGCUGGAAAGUAUCCAUGGAAUUCAAUCUAAGAAGUGAAGAUCUGUGGAGCGUUAUUGAUGGAAGCGAAGAACCUCCACCAUGUAAAUGUUCUUUUGCUGGUGUAAACAGCAGUAAAGAGAAAAAAGCUCGUCAAAUGUUGCACAAACAAUGCUCCACCCCGUUGUAUUACUGGGUAAAACAUGCCCGCUCAGCGAAACUUGCUUGGGACAUGUUAUCAACAGCUACCAUUUUAAACAAAGGGAUAUAUAAUGCGACGGCAGCCAGAACGAUCGAUUUAAACAAAGCUUUAACUGGUGAUAUAAACGACCACGAAAGCUGGAAAGAUUUAGAUGAAAUUAUACUUGUUGACAUAAGCAAUUACGAUAGCUGGAUAAUUUACAUGGAGAACUAUUUGAGAAGUCAAAAUCUGUGGAACGUUGUACAUGGAAUUGAGUCUUCGCCAAGGAAAGAUAAGAAGGCUCACAGGGCCAUAAAAAUGGCAUUAGGACCACAAUUGAACUAUUUGGUGAUCCCUUCAUUUACUAUAUUUGAUUCGUCCUCAGGCAAACUUGCUUGGAAACAGUUAAGAGAUGCUUAUGCUGCGCACAAAAGCAUGUAAUCCAGAAGCAUAUCCAAAUGAGAAAAUCAUUUUAACACCAACAAAUUAUGAAAGUUGGAAAGUACACACACGGUAUAUCUUGGAUGGGAAGAACCUGUCGGACACUUUGUGGAUGGAU